AUGUCUACAAAGAAUGCAAAGACAUCACGUCCAACAUUCCAUGCAUCCUCUCUUUGUAAUUGCAACAUGAGCAAAAUGAGCUUGAAUCCCUUGCAUCUUCCCGAGAUUAUCCCCCUCGUUGGCGACUUCCUCUAUGAAAAAGAUCUUCUGAACUGUGUCCGUGUCUCCAAGACUUUUCACAACGCAUUUAUUGGACUCUUAUACAGAAGAAUCACUGUCGAACCUUCAUCCAGAUAUCCUUCUGGUGAAGCAUUGCAAAAACACAAGAAACAUAUUGAAGAGAUUUUAUUUCAAAACGUCUUCCCUGAGGAGUAUACGAUAUUGCAAGGAUGUGCUCGCCUCCAGUCCAUCAAUUACUGGUCGCAGUUUCAGGACGAGGAUAUGGCUGCACUUCUCAGGCGCAUAACUGAACUAAAUCGGCUAAUCAGCCGAUAUUGUAAAUUCGGCCAGCUUUCUUUGCAAGAAUUACUAGCUGGUGAGCAAGAGGUACUAGAUAGUGGACAGAUGGUACGGAAGACAAGGGUUCGGAGGCUCUGUGAAACAGUCGAGGCAUUAGCAUUCCGUACAGACAAUAGCGGUAUUACUCAAGCAAUUCUAUCGAAUUGCCCUCGACUGAGAACAAUGGAAGGAUCUAAAAUCACAGUGACAGAGAUUGUCAAUGGAGCGGAAUGGGUUAGCACUGAAUUGACUAGCCUAGUGCUCGAUCUUGAGGCAGAUGUUGAUCAAGAGACUGAAGAAGGCAUGGCAAAAGCGCGAAUUGCAUUUAGACAACUAGGAAGGUUGACUCAACUAAAUUCUCUCGCCAUAGCAGCAGGGUGUCAGCCUAAUGGAAGACGGACGCUGGACUUGAGGCUAAGGACAGGCCUAGACGAGCUAGCAAAUCUGAAGAGUUUGAAAGUGCUAAUGUUCGGAUAUGGUUAUCUCCAGCGAAUAGAGCUACAGGAUGCGGUGUGGAUCGUGGACAAUUGGCCAAGUAUGAGAUACUUGUAUGGUCGUUUGGAAGUACCGAUGGGUGUAGAUACUUCAGUUUAUGACUUCCUUAAGUCGCACAAUAUAUCCAUUAGCUGAAAGCCUGAAUGAGC